UGAAAGCAGGAAGUUUCUAUAGCAUCCGGUAAACAAAGGGAUUAUUAUUUAAUGGUAAUACACCUUAUUUUCAACUGACCUUUUGAAAUUUCAUAAUAUGGGAGAUAGAAUUGGUACAGUUUCUCAAGGUGGCUUAUUUCAUGUUCAUAAAGUUAAGUAUAGUCCUGAAACAGAAGCUUUUCUAAGGGAAUUGAUUAGAGAAAGUAAAUUGUCAAUUUUUCAAAGAAAAGAAGUAGAAAAAUCAAUAAAAAAUGGACAGCCACUCCCACUGCCUCCCAAAAAAACAGCUCUCAGUAAUAAAAAAAAAGUGACACCAUUAGGAGAAUUAAAAGUAACAUAUAUGAUACCAAGAAGAAGAAAACUAAAUACUAUUAAAAAAUCAGGAGCUUUUGAAAGAGACACAUUCGUACCCACUUACGCAAAAGCAAACCAUGAAACAGAAAAGAAAAAACUGCAAGAGAUUAUGUCCUUUGGAAGAACUCUUAAAUCAGGGAAACCUUAUAAAAAAACAAUUGAUGAUGACGAUGAAACCAGUACUUAUGAAGAAUCUGAUGAAACUAUGAAAGAAUCAUUCCUUCGGGAAAUGAUGGAAGACAUUGAUGAAAGGAAAAAAUUCCUUGAAAAGAUGGAGAGUCUUGGCAAAGGAAAACAUUAUAAAGAUAUAAUUGAACAAGAAAUAGCUGGAAAAUAUAACCUUAUUGAAAAGAUGAAUAAAAUGUUUAAAGGACUCAGUACUAAAAAUUAUGAAGGUGAUAAGAAGAAUGAUAUUUAAUUAAAUAAAAUGUUUUGGCGUUUACUAUAAGAGUACCUACUAUAAGUAUAAGUAUAA